UCAUGUGAAACACCAUCCGCACGAGCCACAGCUCAGCACACACUCGUCCUCCGGCCGACGUUUUUUUGCCUCUGCGGCGGAAAAAGCGCGAUGGAGACUCGGAUUGUGUCCGUCUGAACCACUGCGCGAGUUUUUCGGAAAACCACAGUACCCUCACCUCACACCCGACCGCGCGUUUUAGUCGAGACGUAUUUAAACAGGGGCGGCGCAACGAUGUGGAUCCAGGUCCGCACCAUAGACGGGAAGGAGACUCGAACCGUGGACGAUCUCUCCAGGCUGACCAAAAUCGAGACUCUGCGCGUGAAAAUACGGGAUAUCUUCAACGUGAGCCCGCAGCAACAGCGCCUCUUCUACCGGGGCAAGCAGAUGGAAGAUGGCCAGACGCUGUUCGACUACAACGUGGGUCUCAACGACAUCGUCCAGCUGCUGAUUCGCUCCCAAACGGACCCUCCGGACAGCCCCGUGACCAAGGACCCUCCCAGCGUGGCGUGCACCUCUACCCCCACCCCGGCCUCCGCUGUCCCUCGGGCCGAAAGCCCCGACCGCCCCGCUCCCGUCUCCCCCGCGGCUAUGGAAACUUCUACCGAUAAAUACAAUGACUGCAGCGACACAGCCGAGACUGCCAAUGAGACCAAGCCGGACGCCAUCGCCCCCAGUAACUCGGCAAGCACCAAAAAUGGCUUCAAGCCCUCUAGUCCAACACGAGAUACCCAACCGACGACAUCCAGAAAGAACACACUGGUGGACCCGGAAAUUGGGAUUUACAAAAUUAACGAACUGGUAGACUGCAGGGACGUGAGCGUGGGUGCCUGGUUCGAGGCCUGCGUGGAGAAUGUGACCCGUGCUCCUAAAGGACCCGUCAAGGCCAAGGUGGGGCGGCCCCCCAAAAGGACUAACGGAAAGCUGGAAGGCGAGCAGGGGCAGCAGCCCCUCGGCCCGGGCCAAUGCACGGACACUGUGAGGAAUAACGUGUUAAACUCUGAGAGCAACGGACCCUCCACAUCGCAGACGGACUCCAUUGAAGAGGACGUCGUUUAUCACAUUAAAUAUGAGGACUACCCCGAGAACGGUCUGGUGGAGAUGCGAGCGGUAGAUGUGCGGCCACGCGCCCGGACCCUGCUGUGCUGGGACCAACUUAUGAUGGGCAUGCACGUGUUGGUCAACUACAACAUGGAGAUGCCGGAGGAGCGCGGCUUCUGGUUCGACGCGGAGAUUCAGACAAUCAAUCAGGCCUCCCGCACCAACAAGGAGCUCCGAGUCAAGAUUCUCCUGGGGGGUCCUGGCGACGUAAUUGGUGAUUGCAAAAUUCACUUCCUGGAUGAAAUCUACCAGGUGGAGAAACCAGGAGCUCCGGCGCUGUCGGCUGCUGAUGGACAAUUCAAACGGAAGAGCGGGCCGGAGUGCAAACACUGCAAGGCCGACCCGGACGCCGAGUGCCGCUUCUGCUCGUGCUGCGUGUGCGGCGGCAAGCAGGACGCUCACAUGCAGCUGCUCUGCGACGAGUGCAACAUGGCCUUCCACAUUUACUGCCUCAACCCCCCACUGGCCACUAUCCCAGAUGAUGAGGACUGGUACUGUCCGACCUGCAAGAAUGACACUAGCGAAGUGGUCAAGGCCGGGGAGAAGCUCAAGGCCAGCAAGAAGAAGGCCAAAAUGCCGUCGGCCACCACAGAGAGUCAACGGGACUGGGGCAAGGGCAUGGCUUGUGUGGGACGUACUAAGGAGUGCACAAUUGUUCCCUCCAACCACUACGGACCCAUUCCCGGCGUUCCUGUCGGAACCACAUGGAAAUUCCGAGUUCAGGUGAGCGAAGCGGGCGUUCACAGGCCGCACGUCGGCGGCAUCCACGGUCGCAGCAACGAUGGCUCCUACUCGCUGGUGCUGGCUGGGGGCUUUGAGGACGAAGUGGACCGGGGUGACGAGUUCACGUACACGGGCAGCGGAGGCCGGGAUCUCUCGGGAAACAAACGCAUCGGCGAGCACUCGUUCGACCAGACGUUAACCCACAUGAACAGAGCUUUGGCGCUGAACUGCGACGCCCCACUGAAUGACAAAGACGGAGCAGAGUCUCGGAACUGGCGGGCCGGGAAGCCGGUGAGAGUGGUGCGCAGCUCCAAAGGUCGCCGCAUCAGCAAAUACGCCCCCGAGGAGGGAAACCGCUACGACGGCAUCUACAAGGUGGUGAAAUACUGGCCAGAGAUUGGAAAGUGUGGUUACUUGGUGUGGAGGUACUUGCUGAGACGGGACGAUCAGGAACCAGCACCCUGGACCCCUGAAGGACUAGACAGGAUCAAGAAAUUGGGUCUCUUGAUCCAGUACCCACCAGGCUACCAGGCUGUCAUGGCUAACAAGACAAAGAAGGAGGCCAUCGCCCGGCCCGGUCGCGGCGGUCGGAGUAAGCACCACUCCGGGAGGGGCCGGGGGAGGGGCCGGCCGCGGAAGCUCCCCAAAAUGGAGAAGGAGGAGGAUGAGGAGGACGAAGAGUUUGAGCAUCUGAUGGCCGCCGUGGAGGAGGACGAGGAGGAGGAGCCGCAGAGUAACGGGGAUCAGAAGACAAGUAAGGACUCUGAUUGGUCGCCAGCGUCCGAGCCUCCCUCCAAGCGCGUGAAGGUGGAGGAGGCGUUCGUACUGUCGGAGCAGCAGCAGCAGUUGAUCGAAGAGGACGCGGCCAAUAAAAAGCUGUGGGACGAAGCCCUGGGACACCUAGCAGAGGGACCAAACUUCUUGUGUAAGAUGGAGCAGAUCUUCAUGUGCGUUUGCUGCCAGGAGCUGGCCUUCCAGCCCAUCACCACGGUCUGCUCGCACAACGUUUGCAAGACAUGCCUCCAGCGCUCCUUCCGGGCGGAAGUGUACACCUGCCCCGCCUGCCGCCAUGACCUGGGCAAGGACUACGUCAUGACGCAAAACAAGACUCUGCAGGUUCUGCUGGACCAGUUCUUUCCUGGCUACACGAAGGGCCGAUGAGAUCCACGUCGCUCCAAACCAGAAGACGCGCACACACACACACGCACGCACGCACGCACGCACACACACACGCACACACACACGCACACACACACACACACGUACAUACAAGCAUACUGUUGAGAGCUCCACUUUAAAGAUGCAUUGCACUUCCCACAAUGGGUUCAAUGUAUAGUGCGUCACACAGCCAUUUCAUGUAUACAAUCAUUGAGCACACAAAGCACCUCAGUAGGUUCCGACCUCAUCCGUUUUCUUCAUAAACCUCACCAGCCUGAGAUUUUACACCAAGGACUUGAACGCACGCACUACUAGCCCGCCCCACACACACACACACACACACACACACACACACACAGACACAUUUAGAUACUUUACUACUAUAGUACUCGACUGCAGAGCGUACGAGGAAUUUGUUUGAGGGAGGUGUACAGUCGAGCGGAGGCCACUCUUUGAGGAAAUUUGUGUCGUAUGCCUGCUAACCUGCAUUUUGUGUACCAUCCACGAACCACCCACUUUGAUGAUAACAUCUUUGACGUUGCGGCCCGUUUGACACAUCUUUGAUGAUGCGCUUAAUUGAUGUCUGAUGACACGCAGCAUUUUGACGCGUGAUGUAGCUUUGAUGAUGCACCCCAUUCGACUAUUUUUAUGUUAGGCCCCUUUUGACGUGUCUUUCUUGAUAUGACCCAUUUUGAUGACACGUUCAAUUUGACGUGUCUUUGAUUGUACACCCCAUUCAACGUCUUUGAAACACACUGUGUGAAUUCCUUGUUUAUACACCCCAUUUGAUGUGUUCCUGACAAUGCAUCCCAUUCAGUAAGUAACGCUCUUUCUCUAGUGUUUCAUUCCAUGUGCAACCCCCGACAAACUGUAAUAUACAUAGUAUAUAUGUAGUAUAUAAUAUUACGGGCCCCCACUGAGUUACCGAUACAAGAAAAAGGUUGAAAAAGCACUUGUUUGUCGCAUCAUGCUAGCUGCUAACCAGCUUGCGUACAUACCUUUUGGUAAACACAUCCACGUGUGUCACGUUCUCCCAAAGUCAUUUAGGAGCUUAUAAACAUUCCAAAGGGGUGAGCAGCAGUCCCACAAAAGUCCCCACCCACCUCAGAAAUGAUGAAUAGCUCCAAAGGACCUUGUUAAUCGUGGUUGUUUGCGUUCCUGAAUGCAGCACUGACCUCCUGAAGGACCAAACUGGCUUGAAGUAGAACUCAAGGCCACGUUGUUGCUAGGCAACGUAAUGAAGAAGGCACAAAGAUGGCGAGCGCAGUGGAGGAUUUCUCUGUUACUGUAUGCGAAGCAAUGUAAAUCACUACAAUUAGUUACCAUUUUGGUGCAAAAGCCACACGGAAUUAUAUCCAUGUUGAGAAAUGAUAACGUGACUUUAUUUCUUGAUCCCAAUGGACAAGAAUUCCAUUGUUCCGUAAUCUUUGCAUUUGAUUCCUCUUUGACUUUAUGCCCCAUUUCACGUGUCUCUGAUGAUACGCCCAUUUGAUGUCGUUGACAAUACACCCAAUCCGUAUAGUAUUACUCUGAUGUGUCUUUGAUUAUGUACCCCAUUUAUGUGUCUUCGAUGACGCAGUCCAUUUGAUGCAGCCCCCUUCGCCGUGUCUUUGAUGACACACCCAUUUGACAUAGUCCUGUUGGACGUGUUUUCGAUGAUGCGCCCAAUUCACUGCGUCUUUGACUAUCUGCCCAUUAUGUUGUCUUAUCAUAUGCCCCUUUUUGACGUGUCUUUGUUGCUACACCCCAUUUAAUGUCUAUGAAAUGCCCCGUUUAUCUUUUAAAAAUCAUUCAUUGCCAGCCUUUCCAGUUAACAUGGAUAUUUGACUUCAAAAGGCGCCAAUGGCAGUGAAUGUGUUACUAAUGAUACGGCCCAUUAGACGUAGCCCCUUUUGAUGAUAUUCCCCAUUUCACAUCUUUGAUAUGCCCCAUUUGACAUGUCUUAAUAAUACAGCCAUUUGACAUCUUCAAAGAUACACCACAUCAUUGAUGAUGUGCGCCAUUUGCUGUAGCCCUGUCUGACAUGUCGUCUUUGAUGAUGUGCCCAUUUGCUGUAGCACUGUCUUUGAUGAUAAGGCUCAGUUGGUGGAGCCUUAAUUCACUGUCUUUAACGAUACGUCCCAUUAACUCAGUCCUGUUCCAUGUGUCUUUGAUUCACGCCCCUUUUGACGUCUGUUCAUAGGUCCCAUUUCACGUCUUUUGAUAGUGUGGUAAUAUGACCGUUUUUGUUAACAAAAAUACCAGUUUACUUUUCUCUCAUAUAACUGAAUCUUUUUCCUUGUAAUAUUAAAAAAAAUCAUAUAGUGAUGAGAAAAAAUGACCUAGUUUGUAAUAGUACAACGUUUUUGUCAUAAAAAAAGAUAUUGUGAUAUUUGGACAUUUUCCCGUAAAAAUUUCCCCUUGCAAAUACUUUUUCAGCAUUUUUAUUUCUUUAAGGUGUGGUUGUAACGUCUCCCUGGUAUGGUGCACUCAAAUGUUAACGGUUGGCAAGGCUACAAGUUUUACCUCCUCUCUGGUCACGUGACACGUUUUCCAAUCAUCCCACCCCCCGGCGGGCUUGUCGCAUUUGUGCUGACGUUGUCCUCGUUUCUGUUUAUUCAUUCAGGUUUUUUUUUUUUUUUUUUUAAACAUGCAAUUCUAAAUGGUCUUUUUUAAGGCGAACUGUGAUGUGCAUUAAUAAUUUGUUUUGUUUGUGGCUAACUAAAUAGCGCUCCUCCCUGCAGUGACUACCUUCUGUACGUGAACCUACAGUGCUAAAAACCCUUUUUAGACGUCUCGUGGACGCUUGGCUUCAGUGCUGUGUCGUUUAUUUUAUUUUUUUUAAUAACUAUUGCACUCUACUGAAGAAUUAAAAAAAAAUCACAUUUAAUUUCUCUGAAAGGCUUCAAAUGUCUAUUUUUUCUCUCCACAUGUUUUUAGUUGCUUCGGUUCCAUUUUAAUCAUUAUGUUCCAAGUGCAUUUGCCAGUCUGACAAGGAGUUCCAUUGCUUCAUUGUUUUAUACAUGUCAUAAUACUUAAUAUGUACCUAUUAAAUAUUUGGAUUCAAGACAACAGCUUCUUC